AGUUACACAGAAACCCGCCGAAGCCUUGCUUGUUUUCUCUUAUUCCUGAUUUUCUCGAUAUUUUUCUCUUGUUGCAAAAGUUAAGGAGUUUCUUCAUCGUACAGCAGAUCACCGGUGAGCUGGACCCUAUCCCAGCUGACCUUGGGCGAGAGACUGGGUACACCCUGGACCAGUCGCCAACCAAUAGCCGAUAUUGCUAAAUUAUAAUCAGUUUAAAAUAUCUGUGGCUACAUGCCAUCGUCACAAUUCACAGAAGUUGCUGAGAUUUCCUCAGACAGUCUCGUAUCGGAACAGAACAGUGUCACCAAAUUCAGCAAAGCAGAUGUGAGGAGGAGAAGGAUGAGGAAGGAGACAUUAAACUUACCAGAUGGGAAAAGCAUUCUUCUCCAAAGUUCGGUUGAAAAAGAUGACCGACAAAAGGAGAUGCGCAACUUCCUGCCUCUCCCACUUCACGAGAAGAAAAAUGACUCUGCUCGAAUGAUGGCUGAGCAGAGGAAAGAGCUUUUCAGGCAGCUGAAGGAGGAGGAAGAAGAGGAGCAGGAAAAAGACAAAGUGAAGACGCUGAGGCAAGCCAAGAGGAAGCCAACACUCCAAAUACAAACACCCGCAAGACAUGAGCUGAAGACUGCUUUGUUGAAACAAACAAACAUGGUGAGAGAAUGUAAACAUGACUUAAUCUCCAUGGAGCGGCAGAAGGCAGUGUUGGAGAUAUCGCUGAUGACAAAAAGAUCGGAGAUUUGCAAGAUGAACAAAGCUAUCACCAAAGAGGAGAGACGCCUGAAGGAGUUGGAGGAGGUCAUUGAGAAGGACAAUGAGAGCUUUGCGGCGUUCCUGAGGGAGAAUGAGAAGAAGUCUUUGGAGGCCCAAACAUUUUUUGAACGAGAGGCUAAGUCCAAAGAGGAGAAAACUGCUGAGAUCCAGAAGUUGACUUCUGAAAUAUCAACAAUAAGAAGUGAAGUUGGCAACUAUGAAGAAAUCCUCCAAGAGUACAAGAGAUACAGAGAGCUUCUCUUUCAGCUGUCUCCUCCAGAGUGGCAGGAGGCCCAGAGGGCAAAGCUUCUCAACAAUGUCCACCUGGAUAAGAAUCCUGAGGAGGACUCAACUUUCAAGCAAAAACAGGAAAGCAACAUUGCAGGUGCCCAGCCCAGACAGUUCUCUGCAGAGAGCGCCAGGACUACAAAACGGUAUGAAGCAGAUAGCGACUGUACAGAGAUUGAGGAUAAUCCGGAGUUGUACUUCACUGAUCCCAAGCAACUUAUUGAGCUGAUGACAGAGCUAACUGAGCAGAACUUGUCGUUGAUCAAGAACUCUACGAGGGCGGAGGAGACACUGGAGGAGCUCACAAAGUCUAUGGAGGAAGUCAGGAAGAGGACUGAAAAGGAGAAGGAACUUCUGACCCGGCAAAUAGACGACAUGAACAAGCAAAUUGAGGAAGAGAAAACAAGAGCAUCAAAGCUGAAAAAGAAGGUUCAGCUCCAUGUCUUGCUGAACACAGAAGCUGAGGAUGACAUGAUGAACGCGCUUGGGGAGAAGGUCUCAGAAGUGUACAGGUGCUGUGUGGGUGAUGGGUCGAGCAGCCAUAGUACCUUGGAGAAGCUGGCCAGCAUUGAGAAGCAGAUGUCUUUACUGCUGCACUGCCUUGAGGACAUCCCCAAAGCAAGUUUGGAAACGAUGCAAAAGAUCAAAGACAGCGAGAGGAGGACCAGGCAACGUGAAGAAAAGUUGAGAUUGCAAAGAGAAAAACAAAUAGAAAGGAUGAAGAGGUACUUGGAGAGGUCCCUUUCUGACACCAAGAAAACAAAUGGACGUAAACUAAUGCCCAGAUGCAUCCCUACUGCUCAGAAGGACACAGUCAAAAAAGUGCAAGGUGCUCCAACUGAUGGUGGCUUGAAUGACUACUUCUUCACACCUUUAGAUGGUAUUGACUGAAGAACAAAACAGAAACUGUGCAAUGCCUGAUUUGACUGGAAAAAAUACUGAGCAUUAGUAAAAAUACAUGCAGCUUAAUCUUGCAGCACACUA